GUUUUGUGUUCUUCAAUCAUGACAGCCAUUUUAUAAACAAAUACUUUUUUCAGACACUUUCCGGCUUUUAUUAAAUUUGUCAUUGCUAUUUUCUAUUAUUUGCUUAACGCAACCGCAAAGUUGUAGUUCUUAUGAGUUCAAUACGGUCUAUCGUUUUUUCUUCUGAACAAAAACAUAGCAAAAUCAGCUGACUAGCGGAAGAAUCCAACAAAAAAUAUCUAGUUGUGAUACUGGAAUGCAAGAAGCUACCGGCCAGAAAAAUGGACAAUAGUAAUAAUCAAUCGCUAUUUGUCCUCCUUAACAAAGACGUUAACCUAAAGAAAACUUCAAAAUCUGUACCUGAUACAAACAAGGAAGGUCCACCAAAGAAAAAGGCAAAAUGUGUAUCUGUAAAAGAUCCUGCAAAACGUGAUUUGGCAUCACUACCGGUACCACUUUUGCACUUAUUAAUUUGCAGGAAAUAAAUACUCUUCUAAGUACCACUUACAGAAAAAAGUGCAUAGGCUGGAAAACUGCAAUAGAAACACUGAUAACAGCUACCUGAGUAACAUUCUUUACAUGAGUAACUUGCAAAAGAUCUAUCUUUUUUCUAGUUGUUACAUUGAUAUAUCGGGGAAAACUGUACAAUUUAAGAGCAAAUCCAUGCUCGAUACAAUUAGUUUCCCCAAAAGUAGAGUUCCCAUUACUACUAUGUGCCAUAAGUAUCCUGAAUGAACUUGAGAAGUUGUAGUUUUGCCUGCUACAUGCCUAUUUUAUUGAGUUGAAAGCAUCAAAAAGUAAUGAUCAGGCAAUGUCUCCUUUCAAGUUAUAUGUUGCAUUCUGAUCAAGCUUAAUGUGUUCAGACUCUUAGUACUGUUGAUGUCAGCAAUCUACCUUUAUAAUCAAUAGUCCAGGGAAUAACAUUUGGAGUGUUUGAAAUGUAUUUAGUUAUAUAAAAAAUUCUACAUCUAAUGAGCUGUACAAAUACAAUCUAACUAUGAAAGAAGUUCUUCUAAUCAUCUUCCAACAUCUGGAUCUGAAAUCAAUUAACAACUGUGCUGCCUUAUGCUCGACAUUUUACAAUAUCUCGAAAGAUGGUUCACUCUAUACAAAAGUAUCAUUGAGGUAUGACAUGAAUAUCAAGUUGGUAGCAUCUCUGGUUGAAAGAUGUACAAGACCAAAAGAAGUAGACAUAAUAUAUAAAACGUCUAAUGCCUUUAUUACUAAUAACUCUGCUGAAACCGAGGAUUAUUCAGAGUUCAAUGAAUAUGUACAAAUACUAUUGAGAAAAUGUGGAGAACAUAUCAUAAAACUGAACUUUGAAAGUUGCAAGGACAGUAAAACGCUAGAAUGUAUUGCCGAUUGUAUCAAUCUAAAAGAACUUGGUUUAGCUAGAUGCAAAGGUACAUUCACCACCUUGCACUUACUCAGCUCAUUGAGAGAAAUCAAAUUCGUAGAUUGCCAUUUUCCAGGAAAGACUGUGAAUAGUUUGUUAAAGAAUAAUGAAGAACUGAAGGAGAUACAUCUAUUGAGCAAUAAUAAUGUGAAUACUAAUGAAAUCAGUGAAAUACUUUCGAAAUAUAAUCCAGAAGUUGAAGAGCUGGAACUAGGUGAAAACAGGAGAUUAAAAUCUCGAUAUUUCAAAUUACUGGCAAGGUUAACCAAGCUGAGGACUUUGGAGAUUUGGAAUGGGCCAGGAUGUGACUCUGAUCCAGACCUAGAUUCUAUCCAACAUUUGGCUGCAGGAUGUCCUUAUAUGGAGAAGUUAGUUCUCAUGGGGCGUAAAGAGAUCACUGAUGAAAACCUGAUACCUGCACUUCAUAUGUUCACACGGUUGAAAACAUUGUGUCUGAGAGGCGUGGGUAUAACAAUAAAAAGUUGCAGAGAAGCAUGUCUGACCCUGCCAUUAUUGAAAGAGUUAGAUGUCUAUAAAUGCAGCAAAAUCAAAAAGGCGCAGGAUCCAAGACCCAAGUCUAUAAGCAUGUUUUCUCCAGAUCUACUGCAAGCUGUUUUAGGUUAAUGUGUCAGAACAUUGUCAUCAACCAAAAUUUUGUAAAACCGUAUUACAAGGAUUCCAAUGCAGUUGCCUGAGAUUUUUACAUUUAUUUGUGUGUUACUGGACCCGCAAGAUUGAGAAUCAUGGCUUGUUACUUGAUGAGGGUAAGGGUUCCCUAUUUCCAGCUAAAAUCUACUGCAAAGCUAUAUUUUCAUUCAAGUGGGAUCUUUGGAAGAUGCUCGUGUAAGGAAGACGAUGAUGACGGAAUGUCGGAACCUCAGUGCAAGAAAAGCAAGAUCAUGAGUUCCUUGGAUCAACUGAAAUCUGUGACCACUGUAGUCGCCGACACAGGUGACUUCGAAGCUAUGAAGAAGUAUAAACCAACAGAUGCAACAACAAAUCCAUCUUUGAUGUUAGCAGCUGCCAAAUUGCCUCACUACAAAUCACAUAUUGAAAAAGCUAUUCAGUAUGGAAACAAAGUUGGAUCAUCACUAGAAGAGAAAGUUGAGAAUGCCAUGGACAUGCUCUCUGUGCUGCUUGGAGUAGAAAUUUUGAAAAUUGUCCCUGGGAGGGUAUCUACAGAGGUGGAUGCUAGGUUAUCUUUUGAUAAGGAUGCUAGUGUAGCAAAAGCUUUGAAAAUAAUUCAGCUGUACGAAGAACAAGGAAUAUGUAAAGAUCGAAUUCUCAUCAAAUUGGCAUCAACAUGGGAAGGAAUUCAGGCAGCAAAAAUCCUGGAAGAGAAACACACCGUCCACUGCAAUCUGACUUUGCUGUUCAACUUUGCGCAAGCAGUAGCGUGUGCGGAAGCUGGAGUCACAUUAAUUUCGCCUUUCGUUGGCAGAAUCUUGGAUUGGUAUGUCGCGAACACCGACAAAAAAUCCUACUCUGGACCUGAAGAUCCCGGUGUUAUCUCUGUCACCAAGAUCUACAAUUACUAUAAGAAAUACGGUUACAAGACCGUCGUUAUGGGUGCUUCUUUCAGAAAUAUUGAGGAAGUCAAGCAGUUGGCCGGAUGUGACUUACUAACAAUCAGCCCAAAACUUUUGGGAGAACUGGAGGCCAGCAACGACCCUGUUCCCAGGAAACUGUCUCCGGAAUCUGCGAAAAAGAUGCAAAUCGAGAAAAUCGAACUCAAUGAAGCGAAAUUCAGGUGGAUGCUCAACGAGGACGCGAUGGCUUCAGACAAACUGUCUUCUGGAAUAAGGAACUUUGCUGCUGAUUCUUUGAAGUUGGAGAAUAUGCUUAAGUCUCUGAUGAAGUAGUACAUGUGAAGUGUGAUUGAGUAAUUCAAAAAAGAAAUGCAUUUGUUAUGUCUAGGUUUCUUUAUACAAUUUGUGGAGGUUUUAUAAAUUUGUUAUGUAUCAUAUAUGUGAAAAUAAAUGUUUUAUCUAUCGUA